AUGAACAAGUACUUCAUUAAGUUUGAAAAGCUGCUAGAAGAGAAAGUUUGUCUAUUGAUCAAGAAACCCUCUUUAGGUGACAAUACGUCGGCAUACAAGUGUGUGGAUCAUCCACAUAAACUUUUUCUGAAUUUCGACUCUACAGUUACAAUAUGCAAUGAUUUUGUGGGAUCUGUACAUGGGUUCUCAUUGACUGCCUUUGAUCAGCUUCGUGACAACCUCAUUCUCGACGAGUCAACUGUUGAUGUCAUUGGAUACGUUCAUACUUAUUUUGAGAUUGAGGAAUUCAUGAAGAGAAACGGCAAACUAUCUAAAAAGAUGAAUCUCCAGUUACAUGAUUUAGAGGACCGUAACAUUUUUGUUACCUUAUUUGAGUCGUAUGCUGAAAAAAUGUGGAAGUAUCUUUCCAAGAAAGAGGACGGUGUUGCUGCUGUUAUCAAUUGCAAUUUGGAAGAUAUAAGACGUGCUUACGUUUCAACAUCAUACAAUGCUAGCAGUCUUUACAUUGAUGAUAACAUUGAUGAGAUUACAGUUUUCAAGAACAACUUGCUUGCCAAAGAAGGUGGUGAAACUUCAAGCCAUCGUGUACCGUCUUCACAAAAGCUUCCCAAUUGGCGCGAUGAUUUUUUGCUAAAAACAGUUUAUCAUACUAUGGCAGAAGUCGAUGAAAUUGAUCAGGUCACGGCUGUUAUUGUUGUUGGCACAAUUAAGUGCAUUACCUCGGGUAUUGAGUGGUACUAUAAUGUUUGCAAGAAGUGUAACAAGAAGGUUAUAACAAAGUACGUUGCAAGUGAAACAUCUGAUGGGUUUGAUCAGUUUGAGGAAAAACAAAUACUUGAAUGCACCAGUGAGAGUUGUAAUGAACAAGUUGUUUCUGCUAUCCCAAGGUUCAAAAUCCCUUUAAGGGUACAAGACAAAACUGGAGUUUUGUCUUUGACUCUGUUUGAUCGUGAUGCCCAGAGAAUUUUAAAGAAGUCUGCUAAGGAGUUGGUUGAUCAAAUUUUAGAUGAGGAAAAUAGCAACAUCUUUCCAAAUGAGUUAAAAGAAUUAGUGGAGAAAAAGUUUGCUUUCAAGAUCGAUAUAUCCAAGUUUAAUUUGAAUAACAACUACAAGUUUUUUACGGUGAUCAAAUUAACCGAUGAUCCAUCUAUAAUAUCGAAGCUUGAAAAGAAAUCCAAAGUUGAACAACCUUCCAACUCAGAGUCUUUCGAGGUCCAAUCUAAUGAUCUGCAGUCCCAAGAUAUGGUCAAGGAUUCUAUGUCUUGUACGAGUGACAAUAAAACUCCUUCAUCGCUUUUGGAGACGAGCACUGCAAGGAGUUUCUUGAAAAAUGAAAACACAAAAAAGACGAGCAGCUAUUGCGAAUUGAAGCGUAACCUGGUUGAGGUGUACGAGCUUGAAGAAUCCCCCAGUCAAUCAGCAACUAAAUCUCGUCUGAAUCAUGCUCCUGUUGGAAGGUCUGAAAGCAGAUUUCGAGCCAACGCUUUUGAUUCCAAAGAUGGAAAAAUAAUCUUGCUUUUCAAUUUCUAAGCUUUUAAAUUUGGUUGUGUUUUAAGUUAGUAGCUUUUCUGCAUUUUCAAAAUUUCGGAUUUUAGGUAUUAAUGUUGACAAUUUGGAUUUCGUUUCUUUUAAUCAAUGGCUUUCGUUCAGUAUUAA